AUGGUCUUCCUUAUCUUUCAAAAGAUUUUUUUCAAUCAGCGGUUACGAUUACGGAAUCAAGAAGUCAUCUUUACUGAUGAGGAGAUUGAAAAUUUCACCCUCCAAAAGAUAGAGACAAUAUUAAAUGCUAAUAAUAGGUCGUUGAGCAAUUUUCCAGGCCUUCCCCAAGUUAAUCAUGAACUGAUUCAAUUCGGAAGAAACAAACUGAUAGCCGAUGAAAGAAGGUACAUGGUCAACGAAGAAAGGGAUUUAUGGUCCACUUUGUAUAGUGGAUUAAAUACAUCGCAAAAGGAAGUGUAUGAUAACAUCAUGCUAUCUGUAGAUGCCCAAAAUAGGGGCCUUUUUUUGUUUAUGGAAGUGGUGGUACCGGUAAAAACCUAUUUGUGGAGAACAAUUAUAGCUCAGAUACGCUCCCUUGGGAAAAUUGUAUUAUUUGUUGCAUCUUCUGGUAUUGCAUCAUUGGUGUUAUCAGGCGGCCGAACAUUACAUUCAAGGUUUCGUAUACCUGUAGAAAUUGACAACGAAUCGUGUUGUGGAAUUGAUGUCAUUUCAGAUCUUGUUGAGUUAAUCCGAGUGUCAGAACUAAUCAUUUGGGACGAGGCUCCUUUACAACAUAGGCAUGCUUUUGAAUCAGUUGAUAGAACUUUUCGAGAUAUUUGUAAGCUGGAUAAACCCAUUGCUGAAACCCAAGUGCUUGGUGGAAAAGCUAUGGUUCUUGGGGGUGACUUGAGACAAAUUUUACUGGUCAUCAAAAAUGCACGGAGGGGUGAUGUCGUUGUUGCAUCUGUAAACAAGUCAGCUGCGAUAUGGGGUAGUUGUAGAGUAUUCGUUUUAUCUGUAAACAUGAGGCUUUGUGAUCCAUCGCUUGAUGUUGCAGAUGUGGAUCAAAUGAUGUGUUUUAACAAAUGGUAUUUAGACAUGGGGGAUGGUACUCUUCUUGCUAUCAAACUUGCCCAUGAAGACGAUGCUACAGGGAUUACCAUUCCAGAUGACCUUUUAAUUCCCAUAUCAGAUAACCCUACCACUGCUAUUGUGUCAAGUACAUACCCUGAUCUUUCAAACAUAAUCAACGAUAUUGAGUACUUGAAAGAGCGGUGCAUCCUCUGUCCAACUAAUGAUGUCGUUGAUCAAAUUAAUUCUCAUGAACUUAAAACCACGCCAUCUGAUUUGGUGGAAUUGUAUAGUACGGAUGAGAUAUGUCCCACCACAGAAAACUUGGAAGAAAUGAAGAUCAUGUACCCGCCUGAAUUUCUUAAUACGUUGCGAUUUUCUGGGGUUCCAAAUCAUAAGCUUGAGUUAAAGGUCGGUGCCCAAUCAUAUUAUUACGUAAUAUAA